AUGAGCUUCCACGCCAGUGAGACGCUCAGGAAGUACCCUCCGCUGCCUUUCCUGAACCGCGACUGCGUGGAGCCCUACAAGAUCCCGGACAGCGACGUCGUCGUGGACAAAGGAACGGCAGUCGUCGUCAGCCUGUUCGGCCUUCACUACGACCCGGAGCACUUUCCUGAUCCAGAGCGCUACGACCCCGAGAGGUUCUCCGAGGAGCAGAAGGCCGAGAGGCACCCCUACGUGUACCUGCCGUUCGGCGACGGGCCUCACAUCUGCAUAGAUUUGUAUUGGCUACUGCUGUUCGUGAUACACAUUAAUAUAGGCAUACAACUAUAG